AUGGAUCCUUUAACACCCGAACAGUCGGCUGCCUUGGCCAAGGACGAUCGAGGUCCACUCACCAAGUCUAUCGUCGUUGCCUUUACAUGCAUCGCGGUGAUAUGCGUUGGCCUACGUCUCUUCACUCGGCUUCGAUACCUGGGACGAGCAUUAGGAUGGGAAGACUACACCAUCGUAGUCUCUAUGGCUCUCUCCAUCGCGACCGGUAUACUUCAGGUCAUGCAAGCCAACGCUGGCAACGGCAAACACGCUCCCCUCAUCGAGUUCCCUACCGGAGUUGAAAUCAUCUUGAAGUACCUCUUCUGGAGUAUCAUUUGCUACAACGCCAGCCUCAUGUUCACCAAAGUGUCUAUCCUUCUGCAGUACGGCCGAAUCUUCACUGUGCGAGAAAUGCGCAUCCCUCUCCACAUCGUUAUGGCCAUUUGCAUUCUUUGGGGUGUAUCUACGAUCAUCACUUCGAUCUUCACAUGCGUCCCUAUCCACGCUUACUGGAAGAUCCUUGAGCAGCCGACUUCGAAGUGUAUCGACAACAAGACGAUUUGGUAUGUGAACGCUAGCAUCAACAUCGUAACCGAUCUUCUCGUCGCCUUCCUUCCCGUUCGAGUCAUCUGGACCCUGCAAAUCGCCAUGCGUCAGAAGGUUGCUCUCCUCGCCAUCCUUACUAUCGGUUGGUUCGUGUGUGUCGUGUCGAUCCUUCGGCUCCACGCCCUCGUCGUCCUGGUUGCACAUCCCGAUGACAACACUUAUUACAGUGCACCAACAGCCUACUGGUCCGCGAUCGAGAUGAACCUUGCUAUCGUGUGCGCAUCACUUCCUGCACUUAAGCCACUGGUCGUCAAAAUCAUUCCCGGAUUCUCUUCAUCGCUCAACGCCAGCAGAGCAAUCUACGGAAAUGGCACGGGAACUGGAGCCAGCACGAAGCAAAUUGGUGUCAGGAGCACAGCAAGGCGCAUGGACGAUGAUUUCGAAUUGGGUCGACCAGGUAGCACGACACCAUACCAGACAACUUCUGAAGAAGGAGGCAUGUAUGGCAAGAACAUAUACGUUUCGCGACAUUUCGAGCAGCAUUUCGAGCAGAGCUCGCGUAUCAGCGACAGCGAGAGCCAGAAGGAUCUCGUCGCUGAGCCAAACUCGGUACUUCACUGA